AUGGCUAGUAAGAGAAGACCUAGUGGACGACAGCCUGCUGGUAGUAGACGACAGCCUGUCAAAAAUCGCACCCCCGGUCUUACGCAGCAACCUGGCAGCGCCAAUAUAACACCUAACAUAUCGUAUUCUCCUGUAUUUAACCUAGAACCACCACGUACAGCACCUCCCGGGCAGCCCUCCCCUUCCGACUGGGAUUCAUACACUCCUUCGCAUCGCGAAAAAAUACAAGCAGAAGCAUGGAGCAAAUUAUCCGAAACAUGGCAACAAUGGCCCGGAUUUGAGAAAACAUGGGAGGGAGUGCGGCAUCUUGGGAAAGGCGGAGCUGGUUCUGCAGAUCUGUAUCGAAAAAUUGGGUCGGGGAAGGGAACGGAAGGAAUGCCUGAGUAUAUUGUGGUUAAACAAGCUGAUGCAUCAGACAAGGAUCUUUUGAGCGAAUCGAUGAUGCUUCAGUUAUUUGUGGAUAGGGAUACGUCACAUGUGCUGAAAAUAUAUCGGAGAUAUCAUGAAGGUGAGGUUGUACCACGGAAUAUUGGAGGAAUGUUUGAUGUCGGGAGAGAAAAUUUUAAGAAGCGGCAGAAGAGAUGUCAAAGUAGGAUAUAUCUUGAGUUUUGCGAGAAGGGCGAUGUCGAAAAAUGGAUGACGAAUCAAAUUGAAAAGCCCUCUAAUGUACUUCAAGAAAAAGAUAUCUGGAACAUAUUUGAGUGUUUAGCUCGAGCAUGCAUCGUGCUCGAGAGAGGAAGUGAAAAUUUAGAGACUGAGAAUGAUCGAGACUGGACUCCUAUUUGCCACUUGGAUCUUAAACCGGCAAACAUACUCAUUGGAGAUAAGGACGAAAUUCAUGAUAUCGAUAUCUUCAAGAUGGGAGACUUUGGUUUAGCAAGCCAUGUUCCUAGUAACCCACAAGAUCCCGGAUGGCUCGAACAUGUUGCUAAUAAUCUGACGCUCGGAUGGGGUGCCCCUGAACAAUUUUUUCCUCAGAUGCAGAAUCGUUUCUAUAGUACACCUGCGAAUGUCUUUGGCGUAGCAGCAAUAGUAUACUUCCUAAUGACAAAACAACAAGUCAGAAUAGGUCAAGACAUAGCACAUGUAGGAUUCCCAUCAUCAGAAAGUGAUUCAACAGCAGCACUACGAACACUAGUGCUAACGUGUGGACGGAGCCUCCUCGAUGAUCCCACGAUCAAAAGCUCGGGUAUGUAUUCCAAAAGUCUCAUAAGAACAUUACUUCAAUGUCUAGCGUAUUCACCCCAGGAGCGUAUAACUGCAAAACAAUUACUCGAUGUCUGUACCACUGGUAGAUUUCUAUGCAAAAACACGAGAGAAGAAUAUGUAUAUGAAGAAAGCCAGCCAGUGACGAAUUUCUGGCCAGAAAGAGUUGCGCCAAACAAAUCAGAAUAUCAGGACCCAAAAAAACGUUUAAAUCAUAAUCCCACCCACGAAUCGAUUGCAGAGGAAAGAGAGAGAGAAGAAUUAUUCCUGGCGUCUUUCUGGGUAGCUCCACCGAAACAAAUAGCACCGCCAACCUCGUUUUCCGCGAGUACUUUUAACUCUACGAUGGAUUCCAGCUCGGGUUCAGGCGCAAAUAAGCCUUACAAUUUUGGAAAGCUGACAUCGGCCUCACAAUUUGAUGGCUCUAGUGCUUUUGAUGCUGGGAUCGCCUCUGAGAUUAAUUCCACUCCAGAGAGUGGCUUUAUGUUCGGACAACAUCAGCCUCCAGGCGCAAGUGAUUUUAAGUUUGAACAUUAG